AUGUACAAUCAAAGCAAGCGACCCACCAUCUCAGCAUCCUCUAAACCAUUCAAUCCCGCUCACACCCACCCCGCAUCAGUCUCUUCGAUCCCCUCCAUCCAAACUCGCUCAUCCACAUCGGCAGCGUCAUCGAAAGAUACAGGUAAACCAGCAGUACCAGAAGAAGGUAUCCAAUCAGGUGGAGGGGGUGGCGGAGGGGCAGGAGCAGGUACGGAAGAAGGUAUCGAAGGUGUAGGAUUGGGAAAAGAGGGGGAAGAAGAGGAUAAAUCGAAAUGGUCUGAUCCGAAGAAAGUGCAUCCUGCUUGGGAGGGGUUUGGGAAAGGUCCAAAUGAUAGCACUGAUGAGAAAGAGGGAAAGAAGAAGAGGGAUGGGAAAUCGAAACUCUAA